AUGGCUGCGGCGCUGAUCCUGUCCAGGGGCUGCAGGGCACUUCUCCGCCCCGGCUGCCGCGCGAGGAGGUGGAGACCCGCCCCGAUCCGCAGGGUGAGUGGGCUCCAUCCAGGCGGUGCUGCCUCCAGCAGGGCGGUGUUGCGGCUGCGGGACGGGACGUUCCUCUUUGGGGAGCGGAAUGGGCCUAAUUCGGCCUUGGUGGGUCUCCGCCCUGCUUCCUUGGGAGCUGCGUGUCAAAAGGGCGAAGGGCGGGGCCUUUGCUUUCUCAGGGGCUUGAAGGUGUCCUGCAAAUGAGGUUGCCCGAUGUGCUCAGGGCCGGCCCACCCAUGAGGUGAGGCGAGGUGACUGCCUCAGGUGGCAGGAUUCACAGGGUAGCAGUAGCUGCUGUAUAUCUUUAUCCGCCCCUCCUCCCAUGUGCCUGUCUUAGAUACUCCUUCCCAGGCAGGGAGGUGAGGGGUCCUCAUGUGGUGGUUGACCUCAGGUGACAAAAUGUCUUGGGCCAGCCCUGGUUACAUUGCACCUCAAACGAACUCAUCCCCACUGCUGCCUCCUGCUGCUGUGUCUUUAUGCUCUUUAAGGCAAAUGGCAUGUGGGGCCUCCAAACUGCAGGUUUCUGUGGGUUGUGCCACUGAGGAAGGAGAGCAAGUGCCUCUUGAAAGUGACAGGCCAGUGCAGGAUGCACCCUAAAGUGGAAUGAACCUGCGCAACAAACUGAACAAGGCAGGCUUCUUAAAAUUGUAAGCAUCUGAGCUGAACUGUGGGAGAAAGAUAAAAGUAGCUUUGUUGAAUGCAGGAGCACAUAUCUCUUGUCAUUGCUGACUACUGUGGUCUAUUUUAGGAAUGGGCCUUCCAUAGCCUCUGCAUUUCCACGCUGUAGCAAUGGCACUGUGGCAACUUCUUGUACCCUUUCCUUCUUUCUGCCAGUUUCAGUUCCAGUUCCCUUUCGCUUCUUUCUUGUGCAGUGUAUCUUCACGGACUGUUUUGCACACAUGCACACAACAGCUUUAUAGCACGAUGCAGUACUAUUUGGAUUACUGGAUUUUUGUGUGACAAGACUGACCUCUGUUCUGGGACUGAAAACAAAUUUUUGGGCUGAGUAUGUGCUCAAAGGCACAUUCCUUCCUUAAUUCUAAGAAUGCUGCCCCCUCCAACUUUGCACCUUACUGAAAUUGGCAAAACUGAGGCAUCUGUGACAAAAGAGAAUCCCACAAACUAGAAGACUGUAUUUGAACUGAAGAACCUGGUAUGCUAGUUCAGUGUGUCCUCAUGCCCACAAGCCAUAAAAACUGUUUUAAAUUAAUGUUAGUCCAGACUGUAGGCGUGAGUGAUAUGGCCAAAGAUUUGUAAAUACUUCUGUGCUAAAUGUCUUUAAAAAUAUUUAAAGGUAGUUAUCAAGCAACAAUCAAUUAAAAAUACCUAAAAAGAAAAAUAACCAGAGAGUUAAAAAAAUUAGUUUUGCUGAGCUGUCACACCUUCAGUGAAAAAAUAAAAAUAAAUCACAUCAACAUCUGCCUUAUAUUGAAUUAGACCAAUGGUUCAUCUAUUGUCUGUACUGACUGACAGUUACUCUCCAGAGUUUCAGACAGCAUAUUGAACCUGAUACUGUACCACUUAUCUCCCUGCUUGUACAAAAGCUUCUGCAAAAAGUACUUCUUUGGAAAGCCCAUUCCAAAUCCAGAUAUCAGAGCAGGAAGCCCCUGGAAGAAGGGCCUAGAAAUCUGCCACAUUGGGUAGUACAUUCAGAUAUUGCAGCUGAGAGUGGAGUGGAAUUGCUUCCCCCAGGGGAAGUGAUUUGACAGCCUCCCCAUUGUGGUGAACUUUGACUCAAAUCUGGAUGAAGCCCGCUAAAGUAGACAGCAUGAAUAUUUGAUUCUAUAUUUACUGCUAAAUGACACUCUACCUACAGCACUGCUGUAAAACUGCUGGCUGCAGAAAUUGUUCUUGAAAUUGUUCUAUUAGGACUUGGUGUAUGUGGGUGGGAAUACUAAGGAAUGAAGUAAACAGUAACUGCCAUUGUUAAAUUGACACUCCAGAGUGGAUCAGUUGUGUGAUAACAGAAGACCAAUUGAAACAUUAAACUCUGCGAAAACCUGUUUGCCAAGCAUGAAAAUUCUUCCAAGGCUGGCACAAACCAAAUUUAAAAGUUCAGGUGCUCAGCCACUUUCUUUUGGUGCUGAUUAGUUUUGGCAUGUUCCUAAAGAUGGCACAAAAAUGUGCACGACCACUUUCUUUUGCUUAUAUUGCAAAAUGUUGAUUGUGAAUGGCAGGGCUGGGUGAUAUAUUGUCCAAAACCUGUCUGAAGUCCAUAUCAUCAUAUCAGUUUCAUAAUUUUUGGCCUGGAAAUAUAUCAUGAAUCGUGUGUGUGCACGCCCUAUGCAAAAAUCACAAUGUGGGAAAAACCAUGAAUCCAGCCAGUGCUUCUCCUAAUUCCUGCAGUCCCUGUUAACUCUGCUGGCUCACCUCUCCCCCUGGCUCCUGCAGAAUGAGCUAGUUGAGUGCUCAUGAACACACCUUGAUUUUGAAACUUGCUGUUGAGCCUCUGUUGAGAUCACUCUUGUAUGUAAAUGGUUCUCUCGACAGUCCCUGCCGAUGAUUUGCUCACCACAAGUACUGUGCAGUCUGUCAAGCAAAGUGGAACAAGAUAUACACAGCUCAUCUUAAAUUGAUGCUUGUCACAAGAGUGACCUCCCCUGAAACUGCAGAGUUUUAAGUAGAGAGCUGACACUGCUUUUCUUAGUUUGCUUACUUCCAUCAUGUGAUCUGCAGAAUGAUUCAUGGUGAGCUGCCUCAUUUAUCAAGUCCUCAUGACUUCCCUGAAACUGCAGUGAGGCAGUUUAGAGGCAGACAUUCAUGUGUAAAGUAUAAAGGCACCCUCUUGUCAGCUAAUACUGCAAACUUUUGGAAAGCUCUAAAUAUCCUUUCUCCCCUUUCUUCUUUUUUCAAUUUGCCUUUUAGAUUUUUCAGCCGCACUAUUCAGAUCAGAAAAUGUCAUCUGUCCUUGAGCCCCUCUUUGAGUAUGUUGAUAAACACCAGGACCUGUAUGUUGAGGUAAGUGGCCUCUUCUGUGGACAUUUUAAAUCCAGUCUUGGCUUCCUCAGGCUGCAGAGCCUAUACCUUACAUCUUGAUUUUGCUGCCACCAGUAGGAGCAUCACUUAGGGGACAUCCUGCCGGCAGAGGAGAAAACUUUUGCUGCUGUGCUACAAACAGUGCAGUGAAUCCACUGGGGACAAGUUGGGAGAUCCUCUAGAAAUGGGGGUUGGGGGAGGAAUCCAUUAAAACCACCACCUACCCCAUUCUCCUUCUGCUGGAUCAAAAGUCGUACCUGGACUGAAAGAUGAUUUUUAUUCACAGAAGGCUUAAGUUUGGAUUCAAACCUGUAUGCAUAUGUUGAGCUGCAAAAUUCCUUCUCUAAAUAACAGGCUUGUGAAGCAAGUGUUGUAGAGCAGUUGCUGGCUAGUCUUAGGUGACAGCCGAAAAGUUGAUCUGGCUGUCCUAAAAACCACAUGCUGAGUGGGAGUACUGUAUCCUUGGUGGCUUGGGAAGUUUUCAUUUGCAGAGCCACCCAUCUCUAAAUGCUUCCUGUUCCAUAAUUUUCUUAAACCACAAAGCUGGUGCAGACAUACUAUUCCAGUCUCAGUUAAGAAACCCAAGAGUAUCGCAUGCUUCUCUCACUCUGUCUCCACACCUACCACACCUUAACAAUGGUUAAGGUUUCCAUCAGCGCAUUGAUAGUACUAGCCAAGGAAUAAAGAACAUUAAGCCUGCAUUAGCCAUAAGACUCAUGGGCCGCAAUGAAACCUCUAUAGUUGCUGUUUCCUUUGCGGAGAACAACACAUACAGAUGAUCAGGAGGUUGGAGGACAAUAUAAUUCACGACUUAUUUCCAUGAAGAUUUUCAAAAUUCUUUACUACUUAGAUUGAGGAGAGUGUACAUUUUCUGCAUCUGGACAGUAUUGGUUCAGACUGCAAGAGUGUGUGUGCGUUUGUGUUUGUGUGUGUGCUUUUGUGUGGAGGAGCAUUCAUUCAUAUGAUUCUUUAGCAGCAAUCUGAACUGGUAUAGCAUAGACACAGGUUUGCUGCCUCAUUUAGAGGCCCUUGGAUGGUUUGUGAAAUGAAUGGAAGACUGGGAAAUGGUAACAGCGUUUUGCAGUUGCGUCCACACACACGCACAUAUAUUGUGAGUAGCACUAUAACUUGGCUGGAGGAACUGAAAUUAGUUAUGCCUUGGGUGUAGCCUCUGAGCACAAUUUAAGUGCUGACUAGCAAGUUGUUUGUUGACAGAAGCCAGAAGCUCCAACAGCCCUUGUAAAUGGCCACUUUCAUGGGGCCAUUUGUCACCAUGACAGUCAGCCAUACUGAAUAGAAAAAGCCUGUGUGUAGUCAUAGGAAACAUGGGAAGCUGCCUUUAUAUCGACUCAGGCCUUAGGUCUAUCUGGCUAACUGAUAUUGUCUACACUAACUUGCAGUAGCUCACCAAGAUUUCAAACAGGGGUCUUUCCCACUUCUAUUUGGAGACACUGAGGACUGAACUUAUGAUCCUUAGUGUGCAAAUCAGGUGGUCUGCUACAGUGCUGUGGCUCUGAAGUGGGCUUUACUUGCUCCCGCAUUGUGCUUUGAACUAGGCAAAUGCAAAGAGGAGUGCUGGAGUGUCCCCAUAACCAAAUGUGAUAGAUUUCAACUUUAAAAUCAGAAGGUGUACUAAAUGGUAAAAGGGUUGGGAGCCACUGGGUAAGAAUAGAGUGAAAACACUAUUUAACACAUGACAUUGUUAAAAAAACCUGGCUUUUUCCACUCUGGGUUGCACUCCACCUCCCAAGAUUGGCUGGGUGGGGAUGUCUCUGGUUAUCUCCAGUAAUGGGGCAACGGGGCAUGUGUGUGUGCUUGCACGCGCGCACACACACACGGUUGGAAAAUGGAGAGGAGCAUUAGGGUUUCGUCUUCCAAAACACCCACCUUUGCAGCUUGCCUCCUCUAAAAUCCUAGCCAAGCAAAAUAAAAGCCUCAGAUGUUUUAUUAUCUUUCUCAUCUCCGGUCCUGCUUCUUUCCUGAACUGCGUACCUAUAGCGGCUGGCCCAGUGGGUGGCUAUCCAGAGUGUGUCAGCAUGGCCGGAAAAGAGGGGAGAAAUCAAACGAAUGAUGGAAGUUGCUGCCAAGGACAUUGAGCGGCUGGGUGGCACAACGGAGUUGAAGGAUAUCGGAAAACAGAAGGUAGGUAGAUUUAGCCAAGGUAGUGCUUUCAGUUGGAUACAGCACCCUGGGUUAGGGGUGUUUCCUAUGUCCUGUUAUUGCCUGUGGACAAUUGCUGUACUUGUCUGGUCCUGGGGGGAGAGGGGGCGGCUUAGAAGCAAAUAGCAGCACCCAGCUGCCGGAACUGUGCUACAUGUGCUAAGUUUACUGCCUGAAGAUCUCCAUUUGUGCACUUGCUUCACAUCUUAUAAAGACUGCUGCUUUCGCUGUCGUCUUUCUAAGACCUUGGGAACUAGCAUGGCUUGGCUGUUGAUGGGAGACAAAUUUCUGUACGAUCUGGAGGGAGUCUUGGGGGUUGCUGCUUGAACCAUGAGCCUUGCUUGCUCUUCAAAGCCUUGUCUUCGAAGCAAGCUGUAUCAUGCUCAGCCUGUUCUAUUUAUUUAUGUGGGUGAUUUUGUUUUGUUUUUAUCUUCAAGGGCAGGCUUGGUCUUUGUUUUCUGGUAGCUCUGCCUUUGUCUCAGGCUGUGUAUCAGUGGUUGAAAACCAUUGCCAUGUAAUAAGAAUAACUCUAGUUUUGCAUUAGAGCCACUUGGAUAAGUAACAUUUUUUCAAUCCAGUGGCUGUUUUGAGAGGACCACAUCAAGAGAGGGAAGAGUUAUCUUCCCUGCCUGCUGCAACCCUGAUAAUGAUCACACAUCCCUUCUGAUGCUAUCUCCACUUUUUAAAUACCCGUGUUAAAUGCAAAGAUGUGUUAGAGCCACAAGCUAGAUGUGAUAUUUAAGUCUCCAAACUUAGUUUUGCCAACAGCAGCCUGUUCUUUUUCUGCUUAGGAAAACUUGCAGCUCUCCAUUCUGUCACUUGUGUCUACAGCAAAAGGAGUUUGCUGUAGACCAGAUGUAGGGAACCUUUAGCUCUGCAGAUGUUGCUGAAUGUCCCAUCAUCCCCAGCCAUUGCCCAUGCUUGCCAGGGACUGAUAGUUUAGCAACAACGUACAAAUUUAAUAAAUAAUAACAUAUCAAAUAUCAUCUGAUGGAUGAAAGGUUCCCCACUCCUGCUGUAGAAUGUCAUCAUGACAUUCAAUGUCAUAUGAAUCAAGUCAAACAAGCCCUAGCAGGAAACUUGGAAAAGGAAAACCACCAUAUUUCAUGACUCAUCUGGUUUUAAUAUGUAGAAAUUAGAUUCUGCUCUCUGUGUAACUCCCAGAUGAGCUAUGAUUAACUAUGUUAUAGGAACUUGUUUAAUGUAUUGAAUGGUACCUUUUGAAUUUGGAUUCUUUCCCCCUGCUUGCACAAUGUAGCAGUGCGUUCCUUGCAGAAACUUAAAAUUAUUAAUAAAUAUUUCCUGCAAACUUAAACAGUGUACGCAAUAGUAUUCAUUUCAGAGUUGCACAUAUUUUCUGAUUGCAGACCACCACAUGCGUUGCAUUUUCCGCUGCAUUAUAGAAGAGAAGGCACUUCUUAAGACCCUAAUGUACCUUGUUUUUCAGAAGCGUAAUGCAGUGUUAUCACAUGAAAAUGCAUUGGCUGGGUGUUUUUACACUGCAUACUUGCAUCCUUGGUAUCUUAAGAAAGUGUGGCAGCUGCCACAGGAGUUUAGGCAGCCAAGGGGAGCAGCAGCAGCAGCGGGAAAUGCAGGGAAGGGGAAACAGGUCAGGGCUGCUAAGGAACAGCAGAUCAUAUGUGGCCCACAGUACCUUAAAGAAGGGAUGGGGAACCUGUGGUCCUCUGAAUGCUGUUGAACUACAACUCCCAUCAGCCCCAGGCAGUGUGGGCAUGGAUGGUGGGGGUUAUAGUCCAGCUGCAUCUUCAUGACCACAUGUUCCUCCCUCCCUCUUUGGAAACCUGCAAUAAUAAUACAGAAAUGUGCUUUUGAGAACAUUGGCUUAUACAUCUUGCAAUGGAAUUCAUGGUACCUCAAAUGAUAAUAAGAAUAAAGGCCCUUAGAUGCAUUUUGCCAUUUACAGUUUGCAUCUCUAAUUCUAGCUGCCUGACGGUUCAGAGAUUCCUUUGCCUCCAAUCAUUCUGGGCACACUUGGCUCAGAUCCUCGCAAGAAGACAGUUUGCAUCUACGGACACCUGGAUGUACAACCUGCAGCACUAGACGAUGGCUGGGACAGCGAACCUUUCACCUUGGUGGAAAGAGACGGUAAGGCAUGCAAACACCUGCAAAGAUAAAAUGCCUGUCAAGCUAGACAUUACUCUAAAAAAGAGUAGCAGGAAUUCCAACCACAGUUAAAUGCAGAUAAUGGUGAAAAAUACAAUAAUGGUGCAAUGGACCUGCUCUCCACCCACCCACCCAUCCAAAGAAAAACCCCAGUAAAGACUGAGAAUGCUCAGUAGCCAGGAAAUAUUCAAUUUUGUUCGUUAUAGUAAUAAGUAGGCUUGUGGUUGUUGAUUUAAAGGCUAAUGACUAAGCUAAUUCCCGCCUUCACAAACUGACACUAUGGUAACAAUAGCUUCCUUGCAGCUCUCCAUCCAAGGUUCCUUCAGUGACCAUUUCCUUGUAUGGGACAUUUCCCUGGUGGUACAAAUGUGUCACUUGGUCUGGCCCAAUUCUUAUUUUGGGGUUCCCUUAUUGAUUUGUGGCAGCUGUUGCCAUUGCGCAGAGAUAACAUUUUGCCCCAGAGAAUGAUGAUGCAGCUUGAAGUGGAGUGUUUCCCAAUGAUGAAAAUGCAUGAUUUGGACUAUCACUAUUCACAUUUUUUGGUGUAGGGUCAAAUAAACUUAGGUUGUUCACAGAGCUCUUUAUUGAAUAAGGAACUGGGAACCUGAAACUUCAGAAUCAUAAAAAAAAUGUAUAAGACUAUGAUAACUAAGGACUCCAGAUAUUUUCCAACUACUGAGGGUUUAGAUCUUGCCCUCAGUAGUACCAAUUUGCUACUAAUUUUGGUCCUGGCUCAUGUACUAGAAAUAAUUUUCUGCUCCAAUCUGCUUUUGUUUUGCUGGAGUUUUUUAUUAUUAUUAUUAUUCAUAAUAAUAAAUAAUUUUAUUACUUUAUAAUGGUAUGCUGUUUUGGAAGGAACUGCAUGGCCUGUGAAUGGUUUUAAUUAAGAGUAUUGUCUCUCCUUCUGCCUAGGAAAGCUGUAUGGCCGAGGGUCGACAGAUGAUAAAGGCCCAGUGCUUGCCUGGCUGAAUGCCCUGGAGGCUUAUCAACAAACUAAACAGGUAUGGUUUGAAUUCUCUUUCAGCUUGCUUCGCUAGUAAAAGAUUAAAUUUUUGACCUUCACUGUUUUAAACUACUGCAGUUAUCAGUAAAGAUAACGAUUAAACCUGCUGGAUACAGAAUUAGUCCAAGAGCCAUGGUUUGUUAUCUGCUGAAUGGCAAGUUUUUUGACUCUCUGGAAGUAUUUGCUUGGCUUCCCCCCAGCUUGUUCUGCUCUCCAAGGCUGCAACAAGGCAACACUAGGCAGGCUAUGUUUUAGGUUUGCUCCUUUUACCCCUUUCUUAGUCUUCAUUGUUGUCAUUACCUAUCUAGUUCUGAAAAUUUCCUAGGCACUAUACAAAGAUGAAAAAAUGAGAGUGACCUUGUUCUCAGGUUUACAAGUAUUGGAAGGGAAGAUGGAAAUCAAACAGAUAUGAAUACCCAAGACUUUUAGUUGCAUCAUGGCUGAGUGGACUGGCCAUGGAGGAGGAGCCAAACAACAAUUGGUCUCAGUGAAGAUGGUGGAAGGGGUUGUGCUUCCUCUCCCCCCUGCUCAGCUGCAGCCAGGUGGAAUGACUGCAAUUGCCACAUAGCACUAGAUUGCUGAAGUUCAGCACCAGGAGCUGCUCUGGUCCCAAGCCUGAGCUCCUGCUCAAUGUUCUGUUCUAUAGAAUUGUAGGGUUGGAAGGGUCCCCGAGGGCUAUCUAGUCCAACCCACUGUAAUAGAGCAAUCUUUUGCCCAAUGUGGGACUCAAACCCACAACCCUGAGAUUAAGAGUCUCGUGCUCUACCAACUGAGCUACCCUAGCUUUUGCCAACCUGCUGCCCUCCCGAUGGGUUUGGAGCGCUAUUGCCAUCAGCCCCAGCCAGCCACCAAAGUUGGUGAAUGCUAUUGUACUGGAUAAGUGAGAAGAGCGAGUUAGGGUUGGCAGUGGGGAGUGACUCCCACAGCACAUGUCCUCUGAAACACACAAGCACUGCCCGUUCUGUUAGUUGUUUAAGGCUGGAGGAAGGUGAGGCUGUUCUAGUCCUGAGUAAUUUACCACUAGGGGCAUUUGCUAUUCAUAACAGAAGAGCGGUAAUUUACGGGCUGAUUUGCUCAAGGACUGGUACAGACAUUAUGUCCUCUAAUCCAGGGGUGGGGGAAACCAGUUUCAGCCAGAGGAAUGCAUAACCUUCUGGGGGCUCCAUGCUGCCAUGUGGAGCAGAGAUAAAAGUGAGUGAAGCAACCAAUUUUAUCUUUAUACAGUGGCCUAAUUUCUACACCCCCCACCCCUCUGUAUCCUCCAUCAGGCAAGCAAGCAGCAUUAUCAGAAUUCAAGGACACAUUCUAGGCAGGCAAAAACUCUCAAGGCCAGUGAGGAGUGUGGCUAGGGAAGAGAUAUGGCCUAAAGCAGGGAUCGACAAACUAUGGACCCUGGGCUGGAUCAGGCCCACCUGGGUCCUAAAUCCGGCCCAUGCCGUGAAGCCAGAACCCACCAUGAAGCCAAGACUCCCAGCGAUGGCAAUGGGAGGAAGAAGCCGAGCAGUGGCAGCUCUACCAAUCAAAUACCGCACCUGGUUUACCUCAGUGCUGCACAGGGACGUCUCUGCCAAUCAAACGCUGCACUUGGUUUACCUCAGAGGCGUUUGAUUGGCAGAGACGUCCCCACGCAGCACUGAGGUAAACCAGGUGCAAUGUUUGAUUGGCAGAGCUGCCACCGCUUGGCCUCUUCCUCCUGCUGCCGCCCCCGCCCUGGUGCUCCUGUGGGCCAGUGAGCGGAGCGGACGAGCUCGCUCUGCCUACCCCCGCUUCACAAGAAGCAGCGGUGGUGGCAGCAGCAGCCCCUGGGAAGGUAAGUGCAGCACCUUCUUUCUCUAGACGGGGAGGAAGCCUGUGUCAGUCACCCCCACCAGCCCUUACGCGAAUAAGGCAGGCAGCAAACCGAGAAGGUGGCUAGGGCUGGGGGUUAGGCAGGGAGGAGGACUACUUGCCCCCCUCGCAGUGUGCAUAGGAAUUCGUUGUUUUAGAAUCUGGCCCUCCACAAGGUCUGAGGGACAGUGGACUGGCCCCCUGCGGAAAAAGUUUGCUGACCCCUGGCCUAAAGUGUAUCCAGAGGACCAGAUAGAGAGGCACAGAGGGCUGCAUCUGGCAAAGGUUCUCCACUCCUAUUCUAAUCCACAGGUUUGGAACCACCCAAAUCAGUCAAGGGCCGCUUUGAUGUGGGCUAAUAUAAGACGGCCACAUCAGUACAUCAAGCAACAAAAAAUGUUGCAAACAAAACUUUUGUCUUGAUGGAAAUAGUAAUGUUCACCCCAAUCUGGAUCAGAACCAUAGGAGAGGGGCUAAAGGGUUCAAGUCCUCCUUAUCACCCAUCCUGUACCAAACCUGCCAUCUACUCUUAAUAAGUUCACAGAGUUUCCAAGGUGUGGUGUCUGGCCCCUACAUGAUUUGCAGUUCUCAUUUCCAGUUGUUAAACAAUAGCAACAACCUCCACCCCAUACAUCCCAAAUUAUGCUGCUACAAGUUUGGAGGGAAGGGAAACCAGGAAUGGAGUUUUGUGUGAAGGGACUGUAAGCUUAAUUCUGGUACUGAAAACAGAUUCCUGGACUCUGGUGUACUUGUGGAUGACCUAUCCUAUCUGCCUUUCUUUCUGAGCCACUAUUUUGCACUUUGCUCCAGCUGAUGGAUCUUGGGGUACUAGAAAAAAAUAAAUGGAAAUACCUCAAGUUUGUGAAAUGCUAUUCCCCAGGAGGCUUGCCUGGUGAAAAGUUUUCUCUUCAACCAGGUGUUUGACUGAUUAAAACCUGCUGCAAGCUUAAAUUGUGAAAAACACUGUGCACACCCUCUUCAGCUCAUUCUGUUCCAUUUUCUCCAUACAGGAAAUUCCGGUUAAUGUCAAGUUCUGCCUAGAAGGUAUGGAGGAGUCUGGCUCUGAAGGCCUUGAUGAUUUGAUUUUUGCACAGAAAGAUGCCUUCUUCAAAGGUGUAGACUAUGUUUGCAUCUCUGACAACUACUGGCUGGGCAAGAAGAAGCCCUGUAUCACCUAUGGCCUGAGGGGCAUCUGCUAUUACUUCAUAGAGGUAAAGAUUAAAAGAACAAAUAUUCCUGUUAAAGAAGACAAGUAUACUUUAUGAGUUGUAUUCAACUCAUUACUCAGAACAGACCAGUUGAAAUUCCAGGACCUAACUUAGUUAUGCUCAUUAAUUUCAACAGAUCUACUCGUGAGAAAAACAUACUUGGACUAAGAUACUAAUUUUAAUUGUUGAAGAGUCGACAUCUGUGUGGUUGACUUGUUUGAACAGAAGUAUGCAGAACACCAAAUUUUGCGUAGUUUUAGAAAAUGCGAUAGCACUUGGCUUAUGAAUAUUAUAUACAAUUAUAAGUGUGCAUCUGUAACACAGUAAUAAUGGCAUUCUAGUGCCUAUCAAACACUAUAGGUGGAAUUCAAUGUCACACUUUGACAAACAUAGCAUCUGUACAAGCAUUUCAGCUUGUCAGAUGGAAUGAUCCUCUGUCUCCUCCCCCAUGUACUGUUCUUGGGGUUCUCCUGAUGCUCCCGCCCCCGCUACUUUCCAUGGGAAGAGGGGGGGGAAAGCCCCAGUGAACUUUUGGGAUGCAAUUAACAGUCAUUAUUCAAAGGCUGUUGUACAGGCUGAACAAACCAGGUAGAGCCUUGCAAAAACUCUUUGUUGGGCAAAAACGUGGACCUGGUAACCAUCACUGUAGGUCCAACUUUGAAAGGCAUGCCAGCCACCUAUCAUUAAUGUACCUUAAGAGCAGAUAAACUGGAUAAGAGGACAAAUGUAUUUAUAUUUAUUCUAAAUUUGUUUUCUGUUGCAUGCAAAAAGAGAAAUGAAAAAUAAAAUCCUUGAGCAGAAAUGUGGUUCAUUCCUGUCACAGCAAAAGUGCUUUUAGUGGCUUGGUUCCUUCGGACAAUUCUUUCAUCUUUGCAUAAAUAUAGAACCAACAGUGCAAUAUUUUAGUCGAUUUCAAUUUUAAGCAUAAGCAGAAUACUGAAAAUGAGUAGAUUUUUUAAAAAAAAGAUUAUCUGAAACAAAAGUUCCAAGCAGCCUAUCUCUUACCUGGUCCCAAUGGUAUAAUAAGCUGGUGGCUACCAGGUAAUUCUGAAAGAUGGAAAUAAUGACGUGCAUGUGAUUGUUAAUGGAUUGUGUUUGAGGUUUGUUUGUUUCUGACAUACAGGUGGAAUGCAGUGACAAAGACCUUCACUCUGGAGUUUAUGGCGGCUCAGUGCAUGAGGCUAUGACGGACCUCAUUGCUUUGAUGAGUAAGUAGCCCAUACCUCCUAGUUCUGUUCUUAGAAAUGGGAAUCUUCUAGCAACUGCAGAAGAAAUAGCAAUGUGCUUGCAGUUCAAAGGCCUUCUCACUGGGGAAAAAAUAAAAGCAACACCCCCACCCCUGCCAAGUUAGGGUUUAUGAUAAUAGCAAGGUUAACAAUUGAUGGACUAGCCAGAGUGUUAAUGAGGGCAAAGAUCCGUUUGUGGGGCAAAGGUAUACAUAAAUAAUCUGAGUGUAAAUGUUAUCUACAAGGCACAAUCACAAGUUUUUUCUCACCUUUUUGAAUACUGCUUUAGUUUAUGCUGAAGCAUGCAGUUGAGUGUGGACUCUGGUUGCCACUCAAAUCUUGCACAAGGCAGACAGCAUUUAAUAAGAAAUCUGGUUUGUAUGUGUUAAAAAUGGUUAGGUGGGUGGACAGAUGACCUAAUUUAUAUUGUAAACCACUCUGUGAUCUUUAGGUGAAGGGCAGUAUAGAAGUAGUAGUAGUAGUAGUUAUGGCUUGGCAAGACUUUCCCCCCUCCUGUAGGUUCCUGCCAAUAAGUUGCGGCCCUUCUCUCUGUGCCCCCACCCCCAAUCUGACAUCUGAAGGGCAGCCAUGAGACAGCCCAAUGUGUUGUUCAAUUGAGCUCCAGGCGAAUACUUUUUCUGUUCUCUCAAGUCUCAUAAGAUCGUGUGACAUGGUAAAUGGAAUCGAUUAAUAAAUGGAAGUUGCUGAUACUUUCUCUCUCCCCCUCCUGCCCUCCCUGAGUGGUAAGAGUGUUGGACUGGAAGCAACUUUGGGGCAGCAAAUCAGAUGUGAGCCGGCCCAUUUUACAGCACAAUCUCAUACUGCUGAGAUGAUCACAUUCCCUGUUUAGAGUUCUUAAUCCAAGUGGGUUGAGUGAUUCAGCUGGAUUGAAUAGGCAAGCAUUUUGCUUCCGUACCAAAGGAUGUGUUGGCUCAUAGUGAAUCCUUGCUGCCUCUGACUGUAUGCUAAAAUAGUUAUGAACUGCUUCUGUUUGAAACAAAUCAUACUUCAACUGCACCACUGCAGCUUGUGAUUGUUGCUGGUUCAUCAAACAAGGGUUGUGGUACGCAGUCACAUGGACAGUUCAGUGCCUUGGUGCCUAUCCACUCAUCCAGCACUUUGGCCACAUCAACUGGUCUCUCAUCUUUACUUGAAGGAAGGCCUGGGAAUAAUGAUUUGGCUGACGGUUGUUCCAAAUUUUCCUUGGCUCAGUAAAUAAAUAGAGUUUGCUGCUUUUGCAGUGGAUGAACAAGGGCAAGCUCUGAAAUCAGUCUUCACUCAGGAGAUCUUAUGCAAGUAAGGAGGGCCUUUGGACAUCACCAGCAGUAAUAAAAUCUAAAGUCCUAGAAAUUAAUUACUAGAAAUAGGUGGCUGGCUAACAUCACUCAAGACAUCUGUAAGAAUUGACUGCAUAAGUCAUGAGCAAGCAGCUAUAGCAAAACACUUGGGGCUUGUUUUCUGUUUGUGUUUCUGACUUUUGCAUUGGGAAAGGUGAAUCCACAUUGCAGUUAUCAUAUUUAUGCUCUAAUUCAAGCUUAAAGGUGAAUUAGAACUUUUAAAAAUGAGGUUCCUUAAAAUAAAGGGAAAUAUUUGAGGCCUUUCAUUGUUUUAUGCAAAACGAACGACUGCUUCAGUCUCUGAAUUUAUCAGCCAAGUGAGUCAGCAGAAAUGUCCUAAAAAUCGGAGGUGGGAGCACAGCGGAGUGCUCAGAUGACUAUCGCCACGGUGUUCAGUCUGGGCUUGACCAAAACAACCACUCUGUGAAUUGGCUGUAAGGCAGAUAGCUUAGCUGGUGGUGCUGAAAGCCAACGAAAAUAUCAGCACUGAAGACUUCUCAGUUUAUUUGUUUGAUUUAAAGUUGCUGAGGAUGUCAAAACCACUUGGAAAACAGGAUGCUGGCUGUGCUCCCUCUGUCACAGGGAUUGAGGAAUUUGUGGCUCUCCGGAAGGUGUUGGGAUUUCAGCUUCCGUCAGCCUGAGCCAGCAUGGCCAACAGUCAGAUAUGAUGGGAUCCAUCAAUAUCUGGAUGGAUCAUGUUUCCCAUCUUAGUCCUAUCAGCCCUCGGUGAUCAGGUGCCUAUUGUACUUUCCAUGAACUCCCCAGGCUGCUAUUUCACUUCAAUUUAUGUGACAUGGAAGCAAGAGGUUUAUGAAUAUCAGCAAGCAAUAUUUGAAGAUUUUUGGUUUCUCUGGCUGCCUUUGGUAUUAUAUGUCUUCUUUGUUGCAGGCUGCUUGGUGGAUAAAAAAGGGAAGAUUCUCAUCCCUGGCAUAAAUGAUGCAGUGGCUCCCCUCACUGACGAAGAGUGUAAACUUUAUGACCAAAUUGACUUUGAUAUGGAGGAAUAUGCAAAAGAUGUAGGAGCCACACGACUACUGCAUGCAACAAAGGUAUGAUGGGUCUCUUCAUCUUUGGGAUCCAGUUCCUCUAGCAAUGAAGAAUCAGUGUUGUUACAUAUUUUCCCCCAUAACACUUCCCUGCCCCAGCAAUAUAAGAUUUUAGGGAUGGCUUGAAGACAACAACCUAUGCUACAGUGACCUCCUAACUGGACUACUGCAACCUUUUCUGUGGUGCCUCCUCCCCAUCUGUGCAACUCACUCCCUAUGGGAGGAAUUUGUCUCCUUCAUUGAAGGUCUUUAAAAUUGUGGUGGGGAAACUUUUUGGCCUGGUGGGCCAGAUCACCAUCUGUGCCCACUCCCUCAGGCCAACUCUCCAAUUCUAUAAUUCUUUAUAUGCCAUUUAGUGGACAGUAGUUGCCAUGUUGGUCCUAAAAAAUAGAAGGUACAUAAUGACUAUCAUUUUAGAUUAGCAUAGAAAGGUGAAAGAGUGUGUAAGCUUCCAAACGCAAUGGUUUACACAUUCUUCUUCUAUUCAAAUUGGCCCUGUAAGUUGAUAGUUUUUUUUUACUUAAUUCUGGCUCUAGACUGAAUACUCACAACUGCUUCCAGAAUCCUAUCAUAUCUCUUCUUCAAUUCCCUUUCUAGAAAGAUAUAUUGAUGCACAGGUGGCGAUACCCAUCCUUGUCACUGCAUGGAAUCGAAGGAGCUUUCUCUGGAUCGGGAGCUAAAACUGUGAUUCCGCGGAAAGUGAUUGGCAAAUUUUCAAUCAGACUGGUGCCAGACAUGACUCCAGAAGUUGUGACUGAGCAGGUAUGUUUGUGUGUGCGUGUGUGUGUGUGUGAUAAUCCAGGUCCAAGGCCAGCCUGAGAUGAAUCUCACCAUGGGUGGUACUCAGCCAGGUUUAACUCAAGAGUAGACCCAUUGAAAUUAAUGCACAUAGUCCCAUUAGUUUCUGUAGGACUACUCUUGAGUAAAAUUAGUUGUCUUAAAUAGAAGACGAUGGGAUGGAAAGCAGAAAGAACAGGAUGAAAUUCAAAGACUGUUUGUUAAGAUAACUUAAUUGGAAAAAAUUGCAAAUAUCAGAUAGGCUUAGGAUUUAAAUAUGUAUUGUUAGAGAAUAACAUGUUUACAAUUAAAAUGAAAAGAAGGAAAGAUGUUAAGUGUUUAAUUUUAUGAGAAAAUUGGUUUUGGAAAACUGUUACAAUGAUAUACACUGAAAUUCAGCCAGGGGGAUUUGAGGAAGUCACUUAACAAUGUUACUAUGAUUGGAUUAAGUACAAUUAAGAUGUAUGUAUGUUUGUUUGUUUGAAAAUUUUGGAAAACCAAUAAAAACUUUUUUGGGAAAAAAGGAAAGCAGAAAGAACAGGUUGCAUCCAGUGAAGUUCUACUUUGAGUUGACCCCUUGAAAUGAAUGGAUGAAUGCUAGUCGUGCCCACUUAUUUCAAGGGGUCUUCUCUGAAUAUAAUUAACAUUUGAUGCAUCUCUGCUGUGGGGAGGGGGAGGGAAGCAGAAACAUGUACCUCUGUAUAGGACAAAAAGUAAACACGGGUCCCCUGAGUUUAGUGUCCCUCCUCGCUUUAUACUCAUUCCUAUAUUUGUCCAUCUUCUCCAGGACUGUCUGCUCUGACUGGCAGUAAUGGACCUUAGAUGGACACAGUGUUUUGUCUUCAUGCUAGAAAGGCCCUCAUUUUCACAGAGCUCCAGUAUUUAUAAGCUGCAGCUCUCAAACUUCUUGGUAGUAAUGGUGCUGAAAUUAAUUGUGCUGUUUAUUCCUUGAUAUGGAAAAUACUAAUUAUGCACAUUAGACAAACAGUUAUUAAUUGGAGCACUAUUCUAGCAGCUAGAGCAGCUGUUAAAUUUAUAAUUGGACAGAUGCAGAGGUCCUUUUCUGUGACAGGGAAAGGCACUCCCUCAUGGGUUAAGUGGUUUUUGUAGGGUUGGAGUUUUUUUAAUAAAAAAUCUCCCUUCACAUCCAUCAGCCCCAUCCACAAAUUUAUUCAGGUGAAUCGCUUGUUUUCUGUGUAGCUAGGCAUUUUGUGGAUUUUAUGCUAGGAUAGUGUGAGACAGAUGCAUAAUUGGGAUAUAAAAUAUUUGUGCCUACGCAAUUCCUAUUUUGUCCCUGCUCUGAAAGUGGGCGAACUGCAUAAAGGUGAUGCUUAGCAUUUCAGAUGUAGUUUCAAAACUUGCUUUCCUGACUGCAAGUGAAUUCAUGCAUAAAGAACUGAGCACCAAUGCAAUUGCUCCACUCUUCUUAGAAGUCUUAAGGUUUAUUCUUUUUUUUUUAAAGGUCAAAGAUUACUUGUCCAAAAAGUUCGCUGAUCUGCACAGCCCCAACAAAUUCAAAGUGUACUUGGGCCAUGGUGGAAAGCCUUGGGUUUCAGAUUUCAACCAUCCCCACUACAUGGCUGGAAGAAGAGCUAUGAAAACAGGUGAGAUACUGAAAUCUUAAUCAAAAUGGCCCAAUCAGAAAGAGACCGAUCCCAUUGGAAUGUAGCAGAGAGAUUAAAAUGGGUUUCUUGUGUUAUGAAAAGCAACCUUUUAUCAGUUUUGUAAUGCCCUGCUUAGCUGUAAUGCUGUUGUGAUUCAUUAUUGCUUUGUCCCAGGGGCAAGCAUUCUUCUCUUGGUGCUUGUACACAUUCAUAGAAAAGUACUUGAGGGAUAUUAAUCAGAAGAGAGAGAAUUUGACUGAGGGGUGAUUUGUUAAGCUGGGAUCCCAUCAUUCAUGCUAGCUUGCAAGUGAUGCAACCUGCAGCCCGACAAGAUCUGGAUGGCAUUUUGUUGACUACCCAUUUGUUAAGUUUUCACUUAAAGAUGAAAAAUUGUCAGUGUUGUACACUGUAUUUUCACUUCUCUCCCCUGCUAGUCUUUGGCGUAGAGCCAGAUUUGACCAGAGAGGGAGGAAGCAUUCCUGUCACCCUGACCUUCCAAGAAGCAACAGGCAAGAAUGUAAUGCUGCUUCCUGUUGGCUCUGCAGACGAUGGAGCCCAUUCUCAGAAUGAGAAACUCAACAGGUAAGGCAUAUUGUGCAUAAGAGAGGCAGCUACUUAUGUUUCUAUAGGUGCACCUGUCUAGACCUAAGAAAGGUAACUCAGGACUGUAAGUACCUGUGAUCCUCUAGGUUGACACAAAUACAUACUGUAUUUCUGUGUCCUGCAUUUUUUGCAGUGGUGUUGGUGAAUUUUCAUUGCAUCCAUUAAUCCUAGAUUUCUUCUUCCUAGGUACAACUAUAUUCAAGGUGUCAAACUCUUGGGUGCAUACCUUCAUGAAGUUUCCCAGUUGAAGGACUGA